GCUUCAGGAUUCACUUUGUAUUUCUCCAACCUGUAAUGAUAAGAUCUGGCAAUUUAACUGAAGGCAUAUUUUAACUGUGUGCUUUAGUGCAUCAUGGUGGCUUUUUGACUAGUGUUUGCUUUUCCUCUUUUACAGGCAAAGUAUGAUUACAAUCACAUUCAUGAAAUACUUCCUCGUAACUUUAACGAUUCUGCAUUUGUUAGAUGCAGUUUCUGCGUCUUCACCAGUUUUCACAUCUCAAGGUGAACUGGUAGACUACCUAUCCAGAAAAGGUUAUAUCAAAUCACUGGCUGUUAAGGAGGCAAUGAUUCUUGUUGAUCGUAAAAUUUUCGUUAAGAAUAAUCCAUACCAAGACAGUCCACAAAAGGUCGAAGAAGAAUCUACUGCCGCUGCGCCUCGAGUGCAUGCACGUAUUCUUGAAGGUCUAAAAGAUCACAUGACAGUGGGUGCAAACGUCUCGUGUGUUUUGUGCGACAGUGGAUACUUAUUAGCAUGUAUGGCACUUUUUGUUACUGUCAGAGGUGCAGUUAUAGGAGUUCAAAUGAAAUAUCCGCUGACCGUUAAAAAUUAUGAUAAUUUUGAGAGAUGGGUUGAACAUACUGGUAGCGUUAAGUUACUGGGUUAUCGAAGGAAAGUUCCAUUCCUUCUGUAUACACGUGAUCGAACAACUGAUGAUGUGCCCGGAACAAAUAUUAGUGCUAUUUACUAUCAUGGAAAUGAUGAAAAUACUCUUCAAGUAUUAGAGGGACGUUUGAGAGCUGGUGGUCGUCUGAUUUAUGAAAAGACUAGUGGAAGCGGUGAUCCUGAAUUAAUGGUGGUAGAUAAAUUACAGAACGGUUCAUUGAAUAAAAGGACACUGACUGAGGUGUUGAAGGAAUCUGCUAAAAAAGAAGAAGAAGCAGAAGUCGAAGAAGGAAAAGAAGAAGAAGGAGAAGAGGAAGAAUUGGGAGGAUUGGAGGAUUUAUUUCCGCCUCAACCUGCUCCUCCUGGAUUACCCGAUCGCGACGAGUUGCUUCUCAUGUCGUCACAAAUCAAGUGUAUUCCAGACAUCAAAGUAUUACUACUGUUAGUCUGUAUUGCUGUCAUCUCAUGCAUCCUGCUAUUGUAAUGUGAUGAGUGAGCACUGACUGAACACUGGACUACAUUCCACUCACAUCAUAUGUGAUAUUUGUUGAAAUCAGCGAUGUAUGAACUUCGUGAAUAUGUUCUGAUCGUGAUCACUGCAGUUCGAACCACCUGACUGUCUUUCAUUUAUAAGUGUUUGUUCCAAACCACAAUAAUAUUCGACAUUUCUCUCCUCUAAGAUUCACUCUCAUCAUCAUCAUCAUCGCCAUCAUCAUCAUCGUCAUCAUCUCUUUUUCACUUCUCAUCUUCUCGAAUUUAUACUUAUGCAUAGACAGAAAAGUUAACUGUGUCAUCGUUUCAAAACACUCAUUUCUUCCUCCAUGUGUUCGUUAUGAAAAUGCCUUUUAAUAGUCAGUCUAUGUGUUUGUAUGUGUGUGUUGUAUUAAAUCGUGUAACGUGCUCACAGCAUUCUCUAUUUGUAUUGUCUUUGCAAACAUUCGAUAUAUUUUCACUUGAUAUAUCUGGAUGCACG